AUCCAAUGCCUCUUGCCUCUCCCCAGACCGUCUGACAGCAGGAGGGCUACUUACAUAGGGGAGGGGAUCCCCCACUGUUGAUGUUCGCGCCGAGUUUCAAGUUCGUGACACGACGAAGUCAUUCCCGCGUAACUAAAAACACACCAGUUCUACUUUACGAUGGCCUCGGCCUCACCGCCUCCCGAGGCUGAAAAGCAGUCCUCCUCUCCGGCAACGACGACCUCCUCGCCGACCCCAGAAGAAAAGCCUGCAACAACUACCACCACCAGCAGCAGCACCGCUACCGCCAACAACAACAAAAACAAUGGCCAGCUGCCCCUCCACGCCGGGGACCUCCCCCUCACCAAGCAGGAGACGCCCGUCGAGAAGAUCAAGCGCACGUUGGGCGUGCGGCCGGCGGGCGAGUCCGGGCGGUCGGGCAUCCAUCCGCUGCUCUUUCUGCGGAACGUGUUCCGGUCGGCCUCGUGGGCGUCGCGCAUCGCCAACGUGCUGUGGCCCGUCGUGCCGGCGGCCAUCGCGGUCAACUACGCGCUGCCGGACCACCACCUGACCAUCUUCAUCCUGAGCUACCUCGCCAUGGUGCCGUGCGCCAACCUGAUCGGCUAUGCCGGCCAGGAGCUGAGCCGCAAGUUCCCGCAUGUGUUGGGGGUUAUUGUUGAGACGACACUCGGCGGCAUUGUUGAGAUCAUCAUGUUCAUUGUCUUGAUUACGCGGCCUGAGAGUGAGGCGGACAACGUCAACUACAUCCAGGUCAUCCAGGCCGCCAUAUUGGGUUCGGUGCUGGCGACAAUGCUGUUGUGUCUCGGCUUGUGCUUUGUCUUCGCCGGCCUGAGGCGCGAGGAGACCAUGUUCAGCGAGACCGUGAGCGAGGCCGGAAGCGGGUUGCUUUUGACGGCCGGCUUCGGCCUGGCCAUCCCGACCGUCUUCGAGCACUCGCUCAGCGGCAAGAUCCCCACGGCCGAGCUGCUCCCCAAGACGAUCGACAUCUCGCGCAGCACGGCGGUGCUGCUCAUGGUGGCGUAUUUCAUCUACAUCUUCUUCCAGGCGCGCACGCACCACGGCAUCUACGACGCCGUCUUCGUGGCCGACGAGGAGCGCGACGCCGACAAGCACGAGGAGCGCCGCCACCACCGGCUGACCUUCACCGAAUGCUGCCUCGCGCUGGCCGUCUCGAUCACGCUCGUCACGCUCAUCGCGCUCUCGCUGGUCAACCAGAUCCACUUCAUCGUCGAGGAGCGCCACGUGUCCGACGCCUUCGUCGGCCUCAUCCUCGUGCCGCUGGUCGAGAAGGCCGCCGAGCACCUGACCGCCGUCGACGAGGCCUACGACAACCAGAUGAACUUUGCCCUGUCCAAGGUGCUGGGCGCCACCCUGCAGACCGCCCUCUUCAACGCGCCCCUGGUCGUCAUCGUCGGCUGGGGCCUGGACAAGGACAUGGGCCUCAACUUCGAGGUGUUCGACGUGGUCGUGCUGAUCCUGGCCAUCAUCACCGUCGGCAACUUCUUGCGGGACCAGAAGUGCAACUACCUGGAGGGCGCCCUGUGCGUCAUCGUGUACGUCGCGAUUGCUGUCGCUGCUGUUUAUUACCCGAACCCGCACGUGCUUGAGGCGGCGAGCGGGGGGGCCUCUGAAGGGGUUGGCGUGGUAGAGCACCACUGAAGUCGAUGUGAUUCGGUCUCCUUUUUCUUAAUUCUUAUGAUUUCGAGGCAUCUUCCCAAGCGAGCGUCAGUAAGAUUUCCGGUCUGCAGGUCUGCAUGAUACAUAAUAAUGCAUGAGAUACAGUCUCCACGCUCGACUCUAUUCCUGCUCCUGAGUAUACUUUGAGUGGAUUGGCUAUAAUGUUUUAACUAUGCCGAUUCAAACGGUGACAUUUUUUGACAGAGCCUACUCACCUGAAGAGGCGUUGACAAAUAGCCGGACAAGGGAGAUAAGCAGACAUGAGCUGCUGCGUGCUGCGUGCUGCCAGCGUGUCGAUUCUCGAUUGUCAAUGUCCACAGCAUAAGAAGGUCUUACAAUGCGACGGAUAUUGUAAAAUACAGACCAACACCA